AAAUUUUGCAAUAUCUCGCGGAGCUCAGCUGUGGGAGCAGCUUAUGGUUAACACUAAUACCAGCGCAAAUAACUGCCUGUUUCAUCGUUAGCGCCUUAGUGCUGUUAUUUCUAUACAGUUGGCUGCGGCUGCAUCCCGACGUGCUGUUUCGAAAAAGUCCUUCUCUUUAUUACUUGCGUUUGCAGAGCAUCGCAAACAUCGAUCGCUUGAUUGCAUUGUGCGCUAAUGUUUCACGUCAAAUGGAUAGCGUAUUCGAAGCAUAUUUAGGUCCCGAUGGGGUGUUGGCUGGCGCUGUGGCUGGUGCUGUCGGUGAGCCAGAUGAUAUACCGAAGGUGAAUACCACAGUUUGGGUACUCGGCAAGCGCUACAAUGCAAUACAAGAGAUCGAUUUAAUACGGCGCGAUAUUCAGUCGCGUCUGUGGUGCACCUAUCGUCGGGGUUUCGUGCCACUUGGGGCGCCACAACUGACCACCGAUAAGGGCUGGGGUUGUAUGCUGCGCUGUGGCCAAAUGGUUUUGGCGCAAGCUUUAAUUGACCUACAUCUUGGACGGGAAUGGUUUUGGACGCCAGAGAUACGAGACGCGACAUAUUUGAAAAUCGUUAACCGAUUCGAGGAUUCACGCAAAAGUUAUUUUUCUAUACAUCAAAUCGCUCUAAUGGGCGAUUCGGAAGAUAAAAAAGUGGGCCAAUGGUUUGGUCCAAACACGGUGGCGCAAGUUUUGAAGAAACUGGUGCGCUAUGAUGACUGGUGCUCAAUAGUGGUGCAUGUGGCAAUGGACAACACUAUAGUGACUGAUGAUAUAUAUUCACUUUGCCUUGAGAACCCAAACAAUGAAGACACAUGGAAGCCUUUACUACUCAUCAUUCCACUACGUUUGGGUCUCAGUGAUAUAAAUCCCAUUUAUAUACCUGCGUUGAAAAGUUGUUUUGAGUUGGUUGGCAAUUGUGGCAUGAUUGGUGGGCGUCCCAAUCAAGCGCUCUACUUCGUUGGAUAUGUGGACGAUGAAGUUUUAUACCUUGAUCCGCACACGACACAACGUUCGGGAUCAGUGGGACAGAAGACGUCACAGGAUGAAAGAGAUUUCGAUGCCACAUUUCAUCAAAGAUAUGCUGGACGCAUAAGUUUUCAGCACAUGGAUCCAUCAAUGGCAAUGUGUUUCCUCUGCAAAUCACGGCUGAGUUUCGAAGUUUUACUCGAUAACUUACGCACACAGGUAUUGACCGCCUCCACGCAACCGCUGCUCGAAAUCACAAAAUCGCGCUCACCGGAAUGGGUAUCCGCAACGGCAGGUAUUGAGUCAAAUUUUACUACACUAAAUACAACGGGGAUAGUUAACUACAACACGUCCUCGACGUCUACGACAGCUUCGAGCGCCGCCUCCAGUGAUGCUACCAAUAGUAAUACACCGCGUACAACUAUAGCAAAAACUAUAGGGACGUCUGCACGCGCUACUUUUGAUGCGAUGCAGGCAGCGCCAACGGGGGCAGCCAUCGAAAACUAUAAGAAUCGUUGCUAUCGAACCAUCAGUUCUUGCGAUUCAGAAGACUUUGAAAAUGUGAAUCAUAUCCAUGCAACCGGUUCGACGCGCAAUGGCUGCGAUGCUGAUGUGGCCGAUUCAGAUGAAGAUUUCGAGAUAAUUUCGUAGUUCUAAAUGAAAAUAAUAGUUGUAAAAAUACUACAAAACGAAUCAUUAGUGUCUUUUUUUACGCAUCAAUUCGUUUGAAAAUAAUGUGCGUGAACGAAAACUAACGAGGAAGACAGCAUUUUCAUAAAAUUGAUUUUUCUAAUUUGCAAUUACUUUGUAUUAGUUAUAUUCUUUUUUAUACAAUAUAUAAAAACACGAAAUAUGUGUAAUUUUGUAAAUAUCCUGUUAUAAAUGCUAACAAUAAUUUUAAGCUUUUUUCUAAUCAAAAAAAAAAAAAAAAACAUGUCGCUGCGAUCCGACUCAUGCAAGUACGGAGAAGGAAGAAAAGAGUAGGAAAAUGCAGCAUGAAAAGCAGCGCAUGAUGAAAGCGUUGAAUUUUAAUAGUCAAUAAUGUAGCAUGAAUUUGUCAUAA